AUGGGAAGAAAUGGAUCGGGCCCACUUGUUGGGGGAAAUGGGCCCAAAGAUGGAGUGGGGCCAAGAAGAAAGAGGACCCCACCUCACAACCGAUCCAUGCGUCCCACUCCCUCCGUGUCCGACUCCGUUCCGUGGGGAGGGAGACUGUGUAUGUGUGUGCGCACUUCUUUUUUUAUUCUUAAAUUAGUUCUUCCUCAUCGGUUUCUCCCUCCCUCUCUCUAUUCAUUCCUCAGCUGUCAGCUCUCAGCUCUCAUCUCAAACCCUAAAAUCUUCCUCCGAUCAAAACCCUCGAAACUACCUUCUCUUCUCCCCUUUCACUCCUUCCUCAACACAGUUGUUUCAACUAUGGGAUCGGACAUCGUUCUACACAAAUUCCCCUCUUCUUCCGACCCCCAUUCUCAGCCCCCCACCGCUUCUCACUCUGUCGUCGGCAGUAACUCGUCUCCGGCCACCAUCUCGCGCCAAUCCCUCCUCCCUCGCAAGUCAAACACCUCCUUAUCCUCCUCUUCUUCCAAGGAUCGCCACAUCAAGGUCAACGGAAGAGGGCGGCGCGUCCGUAUGCCCGCCCUCUGUGCUGCCCGCAUCUUUCAGUUAACGCGCGAGCUCGGACAUCGUUCCGAGGGUGAAACCAUCGAGUGGCUUCUCCGUCAGGCUGAACCUUCCAUCAUUGCCGCCACGGGUACUGGUACAGUUCCUUCUGGUCCAAUCUCCACCGUCUCCUCUGCUAUGGCUUCUUCCGGUCGGUCUGUUUCUUGUAGGAUUCAGCCAGUGACGGUGGGCGGCAGUGGGCAGGGGAUGUUCUCUAUGCCACCACCGAGUUGCCGUCUGGAUUUAUGCCAGCCGGUCGGGAUGGAGUACUCUGCUGCUGGGAAUGAUUAUCGCCACAUGCCGUUCACGGCGCUGUUGUUGCAGCCGUCGACGGGGGAGGAGACGGAGGAGAGACAGGAGGAGGAGGUUUUCAGAGAAUAAUGGAAAAUUGGAAGGAUUAAACCGACACAGAUAGGAGUCUAAAAUUGCAGUAUGGAGACUUUUUUUUACCCUUUUUUCAGCUCUUCUUCUUUCUCCUUCCUCUCGUCCUGUUCAUGGCUGGAAUUUGUAAAGGGAAGAAGAAACUGUAAAACCUUCUACUGCUAUGGAAAUUCGAUUUUUUUUCCUUUUU